AUGGCACCUCCAUUCAACAGAGGCGGAGGACGAGGAGGUGGGGGAGGACGGGGAGGCCGCGGUGGUGGAAGAGGUCAUGCACGUUACGGUGUUGCCCCAGGAGGUCGUCUCAAGACAAGCACAACCAACCUGCCCUCUGCCCUCAGCGAAGAGAUGGAGCAGAGUUCGUCGACAUUCUUUGCUGACGGCGACGAUCGCAACUUUAGCAAAAAGUUCAAAAACAAGGCUGCCGGCAGGAAAGUUCGCAGGAAACAGGAACGCGCAGAGAAGAAGAAGCACCGAGCACCCACACUCUCCAAGAUCGAGAUUCUAGCACGGCAACAACACAUGGAACCACAGACCAAGACCAGCAGCAAUAACAACAACAAGGAUUCCAACAACAAAAACAAGAAGCGGAAACUGGGUCAGGACCACUUGGAGGUUGACUUGAACGAGCACGAGGGUGAGACUCUUGUCACCGACAUUGGCAAGAAAGCAUCUUCGUCAAAGUCAAAGUCUGCAAAGGCCACCAAGGAGGAUAAGAAGCCUGCCCUAUCCAAGGACGUCAAGGAUAUGGACGCACGCCGAUUGGAAAAGCUGGCAAAGUCGAACCCUGCCUUCUACGCCAUGCUUCAGGAGGACGGUGUCGUUGCAGGAGGUGGUCCAGGUUUCGAGGAGGGCUUUGACGAGGAUGAACAGUUCAUUCGCCACUACGAGAAGAAGCUGGGUCUCAAACGCAAGGACUCUGGCAAGCUGGCCUCCAAAAAGUCGUUCUUGGAUGACGGUCUUGGAGAUCUGUUGGAGGGUAUCGAGCUCGGAUCCAGAGGCAAGAACGCCGCUGCUACACCAAGGAAGGCCGUUGUCGGUUCGUCCGCCGCUACCACCAAGGCUCCUGCAAAGCCUGCUGCUUCAGUUUCCGACAAGAAGAGGAAAGCUCAGGAGUUCGAGAGCGAGGAGGAGGAUGACAGCGAAGACGACGAUGAGGAUGAAAACGAUCUUGACGGUAGCGACGUGGAGGAAGGCUUCGGCAGCUUUGACGAAGAGUUGGAGGGUGUUGAUCCUGAUGAUAUGGACGACUCGGAACUGGGCGAGGACGAGGACGAGGACGAGGAUGAGAAGAUGUUGGGAAUGGGCUCGGAUGAGGAGGGUAUGGAGAGCUUUGAUGAGGAACUAGAAGGUGUUGGCUUUGAAUCGGACGAGGACGAUAAUGAGGAACUUGAAGGAUUCGACGACGAGGAUAGCGAACUCGGAUCGGAGGACGUUGAUGGCGGAGAGAGCGAAGACGGUGAAGAGAGUGACCAAGAGGACACAGGAUCCAAGGCAAUGGCGACUCCUGCGGCGCAAGCCGGAAAGUACGUGCCUCCACACCUUCGUGCAGCCGCCGCUGCUGCUGUUGCCACAGAACCUGCAGGUGGUGGUGCUUCUGCCCUGGCCAAGGCUAUUCCCCGACAAAAUACCGAAGAACUUCUUCGACUGCGCCGCCAGCUCCAGGGAUUGCUCAACAAGCUGAGUGAGAGUAACAUUGAGGCGAUUCUCAUGGACAUUGAAGCCCUCUACCGCAAGUACCCCAGAGCAGAUGUAUCUGAGACGAUCACGGAUAUGAUCUUGAGCGCGAUCUCUUCAAAGGCCAACUUGCUGGAUUCGUUCGUCAUUCUGUACGCCACGGUGGUCGCCAGUUUGUAUCGCCUUGUUGGUAUCGAGUUUGCCGCCCACUUUAUCCAGACUCUCGUUGAGCAGUUUGACGGACAUCACGCCCUGGCCUCCAGCACCAAGAGCACGGAGAUGACGGACGAAACCCUCAACGCCGUCAAGCAGUGCACCAACUUGAUUGUACUCGUCUCGGAGCUGUACAACAUGCACGUCGUUGCCUGUGUCCUCGUCUAUGAGCUGGUCCGCUGGUUCAUGACAGAGUUGUCUGAACUGAAUGUCGAGCUCGUGGUCAAGAUUGUCAAGACUUCUGGAUACCAACUUCGACAGGAUGACCCAACAACUCUCAAGACUAUCAUCCAGGAGUUUACCGUCCUUGCCAACAAUGCCUCGGCCAAGUCUGGAUCGGGAUCUGCUGCACCUAUUUCGUCCCGUACUCGAUUCUUGCUCGAGACUUUGACAGCUCUCAAGGCCAACAGGAUGAAGGGUCCCUCGGCAAACUCUACGACAUCAGGAACGAUCACAGAGAGCGCUGCCAGGAUGAAGAAGUUUUUGUCAGGCUUGAGCAAGAAACGGACGACGUUCCCCAGUGAACCAAUGCGUGUGGGUCUGGCGGAUAUUCGACAGGUCGGAGCCAAGGGCAAAUGGUGGCUGGUUGGUUCCAGCUGGAAGAACAACAUGGUUGGAGAGGAGAGCUCACGGAAAUCGACCUCCUCCACGACCGCUGACGAUAUGCUGGAGGCUGAGGACGAGCUGCUGAAGCUGGCUAGGAAGAACAAGAUGAACACAGAUGUGAGAAGGAGUAUCUUUGUGGUCUUGAUGAGCAGUGAGGACUAUAUCGAUGCCUUUGAGCGCCUCAUCAAAUUGAACCUCAAGGAGGUACAGCAGCGCGAGAUUGUCCGCGUCGUCCUCCACUGUGCUGGAAACGAAAUGGUGCAUAACCCAUACUACACUCUUGUUGGUCAGCGCCUUUGCCAGCAUGACCACUCGUUCAAGAUCACAUUCCAGUACGCGCUUUGGGAUCUAUUACGCGAGAUGGGCGCGAGCGAUGUUGGUGGCAUGGAGAAGGUCAAGGACGGACAGGUCAUUGGUCUGGACGACGGUAUCAGCAACAGCGACGGCAAAAAGGUGCCCCUCCGUCGCAUCGUCAACAUCAGCAAAUUGUACGCCUUCCUCAUCACCUCUCAGGACCUCAGUCUUGUCAUGCUCAAGACUGUCACCUUCACCUCCCUUCCUGCCCAACCAACUCUUUUCUUCCAGCUCUUGAUGACCAACAUCAUCCUCUCCUCCCAGCCUCAACAGCAGACACAAAAGCAGGAGGGGUCCAAGGAGAAACCUAAACUGAACGCCCAGGCUGUGGCAGAUAUCUUUAUCCGCGCUGCUGUCAACCCUACACUGGCACAGGGUAUCAUUUUCUUCCUGCAGGCGUUUGUGAGGAAGGGCCAGGUCUGCCAGAACGAACGCGAGAAGGAGAUUGUCAAGUGGGGAUGCAACACUGUCCGUGAGGUCCUCCAGAGCGCCGUCAACACUGGUGGCCGCUUCUAA